AGAGGAGGAAGGCCGUCUCUCAGAGUCACAUGCAGUAGACCCGUGCUGCCGGCCUUGGUCGGAUUUUCUUCGCUAAAUGCUCUUAAAACUACACCGUUUUGGAUUGUUUCUUUCCCUUUAUAUAUAAAUCACCAUUUCACUGGUGAGGUCUCAACGCAAGUCUCACUGUCCGCUGAUCGCUUCGCCUCUCUCUUCCCUCUUUGUUUCAGACUUUAAUUUCUAUAAUGUCGGGGAAUGCCUUGAGAGAUCUCAACACUUUACCUGCGCCUGAGAGGAAGAAUGAAAGCUCUAGUAAAGGGAAUUUUAAUAAGCCUUGCAAUGGAAACACAAUUGAAAAUGUUGAAGAGCAGCCGAGGAAAAGCCUGGUAUCUGUUCAAACAAAUGGAGGUGAAACUGAAAAUGUGCAGCUGAAGAAAAUCCCUGCCUCUGUUCAAAUAAAUGGAGGUGAAACUGUAAAUGUUGGAGUAGAGGUAGCUAAUUCGGAAGUAGAAUACAUUGAAUCUGAGAACUUGAGUGACGUAGAAGAUGUUGAUACAUGUCUUAAGAACCUCUUACCUGGACUUGACUCUAAAGACUGGAUUCUGGUUGUUGAAGCACUCAAUAGUGUUCGCCAAUUAUCAAUAUUCCACAAGGAAAGAAUGCAUAGUAUACUGAGUGAUUUGAUCCCCCUUGUUGUUAAGUCCAUGAAAAAUCCAAGAAGUGCUGUUUGUAAAACUGCAAUUAUGACAUCUACUGAUAUUUUCAAUGCGUAUAAUGAUGAUUUGAUUGAUUCUUUGGAUGCACUGCUUGUACAGCUUCUUCUUAAGUCUUCACAAGACAAAAGAUUUGUAUGUGAAGCAGCUGUGAGAGCUUUAGAAGCAAUGACUACUUCAGUUUCUCCUAUGUUGCUGUUGCCAAAGUUGCAACCCUAUCUUAAGAACAGAAAUCCACGAAUUCGAGCAAAGGCAUCAAUGUUCUUUAGUCGUAGUGUUCCACGUCUGGGUGUUGAAGGAAUCAAAGAAUAUGGAAUUGACAAAUUGGUACAAGUAGCUGCAUCCCAACUGAGCGACCAGCUUCCGGAGUCUCGUGAAGCUGCUCGAAGCCUUCUUUUGGAGCUGCAAAAUGUAUACGAGAAAUCCCGCAAUCUUUCAACAGUAUCAGAGCAUCCAGAGAUGGGCUCUUGGGAGAACUUUUGUCUGUCAAAGCUGUCUCCUUUAAGUGCACUAGCAGUGCUUCGUGUGACAACAAACCUUACUCGGGAAGGUCUCGUUAUCGGUUCCUAAUGGUGAGUUCCAUAUGUGAGUUUGUAGCAAGUAAUGUCUAUUCUUAAUUUUUACCCACAUAUAUGAGCUUUAGAGAGCAGAGUCUACGGUCAUCUCUUAUGUCUUGGUUUUGGUUUUAUCCCUUAUUUUUAUUCCUUGUAAAUUCUCUUGAAUCAUUAAGUUGUCUUUCCAUCUUGGUUAAGAAAUUAGUCA